AUGGCUUCGGUGAGCGAGAAGAGCACCGCCAAGGGGGCGACGGAGCAGGGCUUGACACAGUCUCGCUCCAACUCAUUACAACAUGGCGAGGUCGGUUCGGUCAACGACGCGACCGUCCGCGACUUCUACACCGGCGCCGUCAACGAGCAGUACCGUCUGAAGUCCGAGCUCGUCGCGAAGCAUCUCGGAGAGAUCGGCAUGGGAAAGUUCCAAUGGAUUCUCUUCGUCGUCAACGGCUUCGGUUGGAUCGUCGACAACUUCUGGUCGCAGGGCAUCACCGCCAUCCGCCCGCCGGUCGGCAACGAGUUCACGGACAUUGUGAAGCUUAGCUUCAGCUCGGUCGCGUACUACGUUGGUCUCAUCAUUGGCGCUUCGUUCUGGGGCACCACGUGCGAUCUCAUCGGUCGCAAGCCCGCCUUUAAUGCCACUAUUCUCUACGGAGGCAUCUUUGGAUGCGCCGUCGCCGGAACCACAAAUUUCACGGCCUUUUGCGCUCUCUGGGCGAUUAUCGGUACCGCGGCCGGCGGCAACGUGCCCGUCGACAGCGUGGUGUUCCUGGAAUUCGUCCCUCAGAGUCAUCAAUGGAUGCUCGUCACGCUGUCGGCGUGGUGGAACUUGGGACAGGUGAUUGUCUCGCUUUUGGCCUGGGUAUUUCUGGCCAACUUUGCGUGUCCGGCGGGUGAUGCUCCCUGCAGGAUGCAAGACAACAUGGGCUGGCGCUAUCUCAUGAUUACGCUCGGCGGUAUCGCGAUUGCCUUCGCACUUAUUCGCAUCCUGGUGUUCAAGAUCCCCGAGUCCCCGCGAUUCCUCAUCUCCAAGGGCCGGGACGCCGAGGCGGUCGAAGCCGUCAACUACAUUGCACGAUACAAUGGCCGCCCCGAGACCCUCACUCUUGACAUGCUGCAGGACAUCGACAGACAGUGCAACGGCAUCUCGGAAACGGGCGAGGGUGCGACGCACGUCGAUCCCGAUGCCCUCCCGACGACCUCGAAGCUCUCGUACAUGGAGAUCAUCAAGGAGAGCUUCCAGGACUACAACCUCGACAACUACAAGAAGCUGUUCGCCGGUCGAAAGAUGGCGCAGCACACGUCCGUCACCUUCCUGAUUUGGCUCACCGUCGGUGUCGCAUACCCGCUUUAUUUCGCCUUCAUCCCGUCGUAUCUGGCGACCAAGGAUACCUACUCCGCAAACACGUCACUCAACCACACGUACAUGGUUUACUGCAUCGUGUCCUCGGCGGGUGUUGUCGGGCCUAUCGCUGCCGGUUUCCUCGUGGAGACGCGAUUCGGUCGCCGGUGGAUGAUGGCCGCUUCGGCCGUUCUGACGGGAGUUUUCCUCUUCGCGUACACCUCUGUCGGCACUGAAGCCGCUGAUAUUGGCUUCCAAUGUGCCACUGCGAUAUUGGGAAACUUUGAAUACGCCGUGAUGUACGCUUUCACGCCCGAGUCGUUCCCGGGCCCUGUUCGUGGAACCGGUACUGGUAUUGCAUCCACGCUCCUUCGCGUAGGAGGUCUGGUCGCAUCAUUUAUCUCGACAUACGCCGGUUACACGACGGUGCCGAUCUAUGCCAGUGCUGCGCUUUGGGUCUUGGUCGGAGUCUUCUGUUUUGGACUGCCGUACGAGACACAUGGACAUGCCUCGCUUUGA